GGGUCGCAUAUCGCAUAUCGCACAUCGCAUAUCGCUUUGCACCCCCCCCCUUCCUGUUUGUACACACAACUACCCCCCCCCCCUCAUAUACAUACAUACAUACAUACGCUUGCUUGCGGCAUUCAUUCAGUCUUGCCCUCUCUCCCUCAUAAACACCUCUCCCGGACGGCCGCCUCAGCGUGUCAUCAUUGGACAGUCAUGUCGUCCGAACGUGGACGCAGCAACGCCACCCUGCCCUCAAUAACCCUCCGCCACCCAACGCAAACCUCUCUCAACCUGAAUAGGAAUGGAGAACCUCACCCCCCAGGCUCUGUCACCGGCUAUCAGCCCUCCAGAUUGUCUCAGGUAACCGCCAGCAACACCGACUCCGGCGACUACGACGACUCCUACGAAAUAGAGAACCCCCACGGGCAAGAAGAUGCCGACAACGACGAUGCAAACCCCCUACUCGGCACGCACCUCUCCCGCAAAGGCGACGGAUCCCCUGACUCCCGUCCACCUUCCUACGCAACCCUCGUCUCGCCCAUCUCUCUCGACUCCCUCGACGACGACGGUAACAACAACAACAACAACUGUCUGCAUGUCUCACCGCGUGAAGGGUCGGAGUAUGGCGGGUCGCAGUGUAGUUCCCGACGUUCGACGAGUGGGAAGAGUAAAGCGAGGAAAGGCAUUUGGAAAUGGGUGCCGAGGUGGAAGGUGCCGCCGAAGGAUACCGUGGUCGUUUUGACAGCGUUGUUUGCGACAGAGGCGAGCAGGGGGUUGGUUAUUCCUACCAUGAUAUCAUACGUGCAACUCCUCGGAGGAACAGUAGCGACCCUCGGCGCCCUCAUCUCCCUUUUCUCCAUCGGUCGUCUCAUCUGCUCCGUCCCCUUUGGCGCCUGGGCCGACAAACGCCAAUCCUCCCGCGAAGUCCUCAUCUUUGCCUCCAUCCUCGCCGCCGCUUCCAACCUCCUCUACGCGUUCGCCUGGGCCCUGCCAAACCCCAUGUGGUGGCUCUACGCCUCCCGCCUUGCCUGCGGGUUCUCAACCGGAACCAUCGCCGUCUUCAGAGCCUACCUCGCCAGCUCCGUACCCCCCAGCGAACGAACAAAAGUCAUCGCAUGGUCAGGCAUGGCGCAGUACGCGGGCUUCUCCCUCACACCCAUCAUCGCAACCUUCGUCAUGCUCGCCAAAGACGCCUGGUUCUCCACCCACCCCUCUUCAACCUCCGAAGAAGUCCCUGACCCAGACCCAACAACAACAGGCCCAACAAUCCUCGACUGCGUCCUCCCCAACGCCUUCCUCAUCUUCCUCAACCUCCUCCUCAUCCCCCUCCUCCUCCUCUGCAUGCCCGCAAAAGACCCCGUCGCACACACCCCGCCGCCACGCACACCCACGCCCCUCCCCAACCCCGUCACCAGCCAAUCCACCCUCGCCGCAGAAGCCCAACUAGUCAAAUCCGGCUUCAUCCUCUUCUUCCUCCUCAACUUUGUCCUCCGCGGCGUGAUCGGCGUCACCGAAACCCUCGCCCCGGACAUGUACCAGCACCACAAACACACCGACCCGCAGGCCGCCGAACACUCGGGCCAGUUCUUCUUUGCCCUCGGCAUGGUCGGCAUGGCCGUCUUCCUCACCGUCGACCCGCUCCAAAAACGCCUCCUCGCAGGCCACAACCUCCUCAUCCUCGGCACAACGACCGUCAUCCUCGGCACCCUGUUAAACAUCGACCCCGAACCCGCCCGCACGCCGGCCACAUGGUCCCUGUUCGUCGCGGGCAUGACCCUCAUCUGGUCCGUCGGGUCCCCCAUCUGCCAGACCCUCACGGUCUCGAUGUUCUCCAAGAUGCUCGGCACGCGCCCGCAGGGCUCGUUGAUCGGGUGGAUCACGACCGCCGGCAGUCUGGGCCGCAUCGUGUUCCCCGCGCUGGUGGGCACCGGCGACCGCGCCGCGGUGUGGGUCAACUGGCUGGACGUUGCGCUGUGUUGCGGGUGCGUGGUGGGCGUGGUUGUCUUUGAGAGAAUGGUCAAGCGCGUACGCACGUGUGUCGGCGAGGGCGUGGCCGAUUGGGAGGCGGAUGACGACCGGAGUGAGAGUGGGAGCGAGGCCAGCGAGACGGACCGCCUGCUGUUGCCAAACGAGAGGGACACGGACCCGCUUGUGGAUAUGGAUGGGGAGACGGACACGGAGAAUUAGCUUGGUCGAAGGGGACGAGAACUCACUACACUAUACCCAAAACAUCCCCCGUGCUGUUGUUAUGGGUUGCCCGACCCCUCCAUUUUUUUUUUAAACCUGUAAAUAAACGAAUCCAAAAUGGGGGCAUUUUUCGUAUCCCCGUCCAC